CUGUAGCACCAGCAGCACUGUGCAGAAAGUUAUGGGUGCGUUUGGUUGCCUGGGAGCCCAGCACUGAGACUCACUGAGACUGACACAGACCCAAUGCAAGGGUUAAUGCUCUCCUCUUCUGCUCAGAGGCAGAGAAGGCUAGCAGAGGGAUCAAUCUGAUUACAGCUGAAGGAGAGGAAAGAUGCGCUUGCUUGUCUGCUUGCUGCCUGGCUCUGGUGGUUGAAGGUUAUGUGUGAGGGUGGCUUUCUUUUCUAUUUUUUUUCUUCGUUUUUUGCAGAUCUUGGAGCACCGGACAGGACCGGGGAUGGUCUUGCAUUUGCAUUUAAGGAUUUUUCACCUGUGGACCUGACUCCGCAAGCCUGCUGCUGUCUCCCCGCAUCCAAGAAGAACACACCUGGGCUCCAAGCACCCACCGCCUCCCUCCUCACACUGCCUUCAUCUCUCCGGCAAGAGUAUCACACAGGGAGCUAAAACACAGACUGAUCGUUCGGCUUAAGGACAAUCAUCCCCCCACCACCUCCCUCUUCUGCAGAGCGGCACCGGCGACAGCAGGAGCUGGACCGUUCUGCACCUCGGCUGGGAGCGGUAACCUUGCAGUUGACAGAUCAGAAAGAAUAAAGAGUCGGGAGAGUGGAGAGCGAAGCCUACAGCUGGGAGGACUGACAGGAGCAUGUGGAUACUGGUCGUCGUCUUGUUCCACAGCAUCUUAAAUGUUUCCAGUGAAGAUCUACACGCCAGCCUAUAUUUUGUCAAUGCAUCUCUGCAAGAGGUAGUAUUUGCUAGCACCACGGGGGCACUGGUACCGUGUCCUGCAGAAGGAGUCCCCCGUGUGGUGCUCAGAUGGUACCUAGCAACGGGCGAGGAGAUCUACGAUGUCCCUGGGAUCCGCCACGUCCACCCCAAUGGCACUCUCCAAAUAUUCCCCUUCCCUCCUUCAAGCUUUAAUAACUUAAUCCAUGAUAAUACUUACUAUUGCACAGCUGAGAACCCUUCAGGGAAAAUCAGGAGUCAGGAUGUCCACAUUAAGGCCGUUUUACGAGAAGCCUAUACGGUCCGAGUGGAGGACCAGAAAGCCAUGAGAGGCGGCGCAGCAGUUUUCAAGUGCAUUAUAUCCUCCCCGGUGGAGGCACACGUUUCGUGGGAGAAGGACACAGUCUCACUUGUCUCAGGAUCUAGAUUUCUCAUUACAUCAUCGGGAGCCUUGUAUAUAACAGAUGUACAGAAUGAAGACGGAUUAAAUAAUUACCGAUGUACCACGCGGCACAAGUAUACCGGAGAAACGCGCCAGAGUAACAGUGCCAGGCUGACUGUUUUAGAUCAGGUAAAUUCCGCCCCAACCAUAAUUGCUAAGUUCGAGCACAUCAUAGUCAUGGCAGGCCAAGGAGCGGAGCUUCCGUGUAAGGCAUCCGGGUACCCCAUACCAAAUUCCCGCUGGCUGAAGGAUAACGUUCAGCUUGAGAUGGACAACAGAUUCCAGAAAACAGUGGUUGGUUUGCUGAUUGAAAACACCAGGCCCUCGGAUUCCGGAACUUACAUCUGUGAGGUCUGGAAUGCAUAUGGCAAUGCUGAAGUGAUAGGAACGCUGUAUGUAAAACAACCCCUGAAGGUGACAAUCAGCCCGCGUAAAGUGAAAACCAGCGUUGGAAGCCAGGUUUCAUUGUCCUGCAGUGUGACGGGCACGGACGACCCUGACAUUACGUGGUACAGGAACGGCGAGAUUGUCAACGCUGGGAACAAUGUUAGAAUCACAGGCGUCAAACGAGAAACCCUCAUUAUGGACGGAAUGGCAAAAAGUGACAACGGGGCUUACCAGUGCUUUGUGCGCAAGGACCGGAUGUCUGCUCAGGACUAUGUGCAGGUGGUGCUGGAAGAUGGAACGCCAAAAAUAAACUCCGCUUUUAGCGAGAAAGUGGUAAGCCUCGGAGAACCGGUGUCCCUAGUGUGUAACGUGAAAGGUACCCCCCUACCAACAAUAACCUGGACGCUGGACGACGAGGCCAUUAUCAAGAACGGCAACCACCGGAUCAGCCAGAUUAUCACCUCGGACGGCAACGUUGUCAGUUACCUGAACAUCACCAACACUCUGGAGUGGGAUGGGGGCGUCUACCGCUGCACUGCCAACAACUCAGCCGGAGUCGUCCUGUACCAGGCUCGAAUAAACGUAAGAGGUCCAGCGAGCAUUCGGGCAAUGAAAAACAUCACAGCAAUAGCGGGACGGGACACGUAUAUUCACUGCCGCGUGAUUGGAUACCCAUACUACUCCAUAAAGUGGUACAAGAACUCCAACCUUCUUCCAUUCAACCAUCGGCAGGUGGCUUUUGAGAACAAUGGAACAUUAAAGCUGUCUGACGUGCAGAAGGAUGUGGAUGAAGGGGAAUAUAUGUGCAAUGUCCUCGUCCAGCCGCAGUUAUCCACCAGCCAAAGCGUGCACGUUACAGUGAAAGUGCCCCCAUAUAUCCAGCCAUUUGAGUCCCAAAGAUUUUCCAUCGGGCAACGAGUGUUCAUCCCAUGUGUUGUGGUCUCGGGGGAUCUACCAAUUACAAUCACGUGGCAGAAGGACGGGAGACCGAUCCCAGCAAGUCUUGGCGUCACCAUUGACAAUAUUGACUUCACCAGCUCUUUAAGGAUCUCUAAUCUUUCACUGAUGCACAAUGGCAAUUAUACCUGUAUCGCACGUAACGAUGCAGCCGCUGUAGAACACCAAAGCCAGUUGAUUGUCAGAGUCCCUCCUAGGUUUGUGGUCCAACCCACCGAUCAGGAUGGGAUUUUCAGAAAGGCUGUGAUCCUGAACUGCUCUGCCGAGGGUUACCCUGUGCCUACCAUUGUGUGGAAGUACUCCAAAGGUGCUGGAGUUCCGCAGUUCCAACCCAUCGCCCUGAAUGGACGCAUCCAGCUCCUUGUAAAUGGUUCCUUACUGAUUAAGCACAUCCUGGAGGAAGAUAGCGGAUAUUACCUCUGCAAGGUCAGCAAUGAUGUGGGAGCGGACGUCAGCAAGUCCAUGUAUCUCACGGUUAAAAUUCCUGCUAGAAUAAUUUCCUACCCAAAUACGACGCUGGCCACGCAAGGUCAGAAGAAAGAAAUGAACUGCACGGCACACGGGGAGAAGCCCAUCAUAGUGCGCUGGGAGAAGGAGGACCGCAUGAUCAAUUUCCCUGAAAUGUCCCGCUACCAGGUGUCUACAAAGGAAGUGGGAGAUGAAGUGCUCUCUAUACUGCAGAUUUUGCCAACUGUUCGGGAUGAUUCUGGCUUCUUUUCCUGUCAUGCAAUCAAUUCCUUUGGAGAAGAUCGAGGAAUUAUCCAGCUCACAGUGCAAGAGCCUCCAGAUCCUCCAGAAAUCGAGAUACGAGAGGUAAGAGCACGAAGUAUCGCCCUACGCUGGACCAUGGGGUUUGAUGGCAACAGUCCGAUCACAGGCUACGAUAUUGAAUGCAAGAACAAAUCAGACUCGUGGGAUUCUGUCCAGAGAACCAAAGAUGUCUCUCCUCAGCUAAACCAGGCCACCAUCAUCGACUUACACCCAUCUUCCACAUACAACAUCCGCAUGUAUGCAAAAAAUCACAUCGGCAAGAGCGAAGCCAGCAAUGAACUGACCAUCACCACCGAGGAAGCGGCACCUGAUGGGCCACCUCAGGAAGUUCAACUGGAUCCCAUCUCCUCCCAGAGCAUCAGGGUGACGUGGAAGGCCCCCAAGAAGCACCUACAGAACGGCAUUAUCCGCAGGUACCAGAUUGGAUUCCGGGAGUACAGUACAGGGGGCAAUUACCAGUUCGAUAUAAUCACUGUUGAUGCCACUGGUGACAGCGAGGUGUAUACUCUUGACAACCUUAAAAAGUUCACACAGUACGGAGUGGUGGUGCAGGCUUGUAACCGGGCCGGUACAGGGCCAUCGUCUCAGGAAAUUAUCGACACCACGCUAGAGGAUGUGCCCAGCCGCCCACCAGAGAAUGUCCAGGCAGCUGCAUCCACGCCAGAGACAAUAACCAUCUCUUGGUCUACACCUUCCAAAGAAGCCCUCAAUGGCAUUCUCCAAGGCUUCAGGGUCAUCUUCUGGGCAAAUCUUCUAGAUGGAGAACUUGGAGAUAUAAAAAAUGUAACCACAAUGCAGCCAUCUCUAGAGCUGGACGGACUGGAGAAGUAUACAAACUACAGUAUCCAGGUGCUGGCAUUCACCCGGGCUGGCGAUGGGGUGCGCAGCGAGCAAAUAUUCGUUAGAACCAAAGAGGAUGUUCCAGGUCCUACAGCUGGAGUCAAAGCUGCUGCCGCCUCUGCUUCCAUAGUCUACGUCUCCUGGCUUCCGCCCCUGAAACUGAACGGAAUUAUCCGGAAGUACACCGUCUUCUGCUCACAUCCGUACCCCACAGUAAUUAGUGAAUUUGAGGCUGCACCUGACUCCUUCUUUUACCGAAUACCAAACCUGAGCCGAAACAGACAGUACAGCGUUUGGGUGGUGGCGGUGACCGCUGCGGGCAGAGGAAACAGCAGUGACAUCAUCACCGUUGAACCAGUGGCUAAAGCUCCGGCUAGAAUUUUGACCUUCAGCGGCACGGUGACCACCCCCUGGAUGAGGGACAUCGUUCUGCCCUGCAAAGCUGUUGGGGAUCCAUCUCCGACAGUCAAAUGGAUGAAGGAAAGUAACGGGACACCCAGUCUAGUAAUGAAUGAUGGGCGAAGAAGCGUCUACAGCAACGGCAGUUUUAUCAUCCGCACGGUGAAAGCAGAGGAUUCUGGGUAUUACAGCUGCAUUGCCACCAACAGCUGGGGAACAGAGGAGAUUGUGCUAAAUCUGCAGGUUCAAGUGCCUCCUGACCAGCCGCGGCUCACUGUGUCCAAAAGCACCUCCUCAUCCAUCACCCUGUCCUGGAUACCUGGAGACAACGGAGGGAGCUCUAUCCGAGGUUACAUCCUUCAGUACUCGGAGGACAACAGUGAGCAGUGGGGCAGUUUCCCCAUCAGCCCCAGUGAACGUUCCUAUCGCUUGGAAAACCUGAAAUGCGGCACAUGGUAUAAAUUUACCCUAACGGCCCAGAAUGGAGUGGGACCGGGGCGCAUCAGUGAGAUCAUAGAGGCAAAAACCCUUGGGAAAGGUACUGGAGUCUUGUCCUGCCCAUCCAAUGCAGGAAAGCCCCAGUUUUCGAAAGAGCAAGAUUUGUUUGCCAGUAUUAACAGCACGCGAGUGAGGCUCAAUCUCAUUGGCUGGAAUGACGGCGGGUGCCCUAUCACAUCGUUUAACCUGGAGUACCGGCCGUUUGGCACCACGGUGUGGACCCUGGCGCAGAGGACAUCUCUGCCCAAGUCGUACAUCGUGUAUGACCUGCAGGAGGCAGUGUGGUACGAGCUGCAGAUGAGAGUGUGCAACAGCGCCGGGUGUGCAGAGAAACAGGCCAACUUUGCAACCCUAAACUACGAUGGCAGUACAAUCCCCCCACUCAUAAAGUCCAUUGUGACCAGCGAGGAGGGACUGUCCACCAACAAGGGGAUUAAAAUGCUGGUGACAAUUUCCUGCAUCUUGAUUGGCGUCCUCCUCCUGUUUGCUUUGCUGUUGAUUGUCAGGCGCAGGAGGCGAGAGCAGAGGCUGAAGAGGCUGAGAGAUGCAAAAAGUUUGGCGGAAAUGCUUAUGAGCAAAAAUACUCGGACGUCAGACACCUUGAACAAGCAGCAGACCCUGAGGAUGCACAUAGACAUUCCCCGAGCGCAGCUUCUUAUAGAGGAGCGGGACACCAUGGAAACUAUUGAUGACAGAUCUACAGUGCUAUUGACUGAUGCUGAUUUUGGAGAGUCAUCAAAACAGAAGUCGCUAACGGUAACUCACACAGUCCAUUACCAGUCCGUGUCGCAGGCUACUGGGCCCCUGGUAGAUGUCUCCGAUGCCCGUCCCGGAACAAAUCCAACCACAAGAAAAAAUGCAAAAGCUGGGCCGGUAACCCGCAACAGGUACGCCAGCCAAUGGACGCUGAACAGACCCCACCCCACCAUAUCUGCACAUACACUAACCACAGACUGGAGGCUGCCCACCCCUAGAGCCACCGGGUCAGUAGACAAGGAGAGCGACAGCUACAGUGUCAGCCCGUCACAGGACACAGACAGAGCCAGGAGCAGCAUGGUAUCCACGGAAAGUGCCUCAUCCACCUACGAAGAGCUGGCGAGAGCCUACGAGCAUGCAAAGAUGGAGGAGCAGCUGAGACACGCCAAGUUCACCAUUACAGAGUGCUUCAUAUCAGACACCUCCUCAGAGCAGCUGACUGCAGGGACUAAUGAGUACACAGACAGUCUGACCUCUAGCACACCCUCAGAGUCCGGGAUAUGCAGGUUUACUGCGUCACCCCCGAAACCCCUCGACGGAGGGAAGGUGCAGAACAUGGCAGCUCCCAAAGCACAUCGGCCAGGUGAUGUGAUGAACUUACCACCGUACCUUAGGAUGGACUUUUUAUUAAAUCGAGGUGCAUCAGGAACUAGCAGAGACUUGGGCUUAGGGCAGGCUUGCUUGGAACCUCAGAAAAGCCGAACCCUGAAGCGACCCACAGUUCUGGAACCAAUACCCAUGGAAAAUCCAUCAGCACGAGAAGUACAGUCGUGGCAGCCCAGUGCGGGGCCAGCGGCGGCAGCUGCACCAGUACCUCCGCGAGAGGCAACAGAGUUAGGACAGGCAGCUAAAAUAAGCAGUUCACAAGAAUCGCUGCUGGACUCACGGGGUCACUUAAAAGGAAACAACCCUUACACAAAAUCUUACACCCUGGUAUAACAAAUAAAAAAAUGCUUGUAAAUACUAACAAAACAAAAUGCAAAUCAAAGCUACCUUUUUCUACUGAAUUCCAACAUUUAUAAUUUAAAGAAAAGAUUUAAAAAAAAAAACAGGAUUGCCAAAAUAUUUAAGAGGAAUUUACAGACAGUGCAAAGACUCCAAUUCCGUCCCUUCAGAUCACCAAUGUAACAUUCAACUCUUCAAAGGAUUUGGGGGAUUUUUUUCUUUCAUGUUUGUACCAAUUUUCUACAAUCUGGUGCAUGAGAACAUUUUACUUGAAAAGUUCCAACACGCCCAAACCAGAGAGUAGACGAGAACAGAAAAGUGAGAUAUUCCAUUCCUUUUUAUUUAUUUUUUCGUUUUGUCUUUUAGCUUUUGUUAACUAAUACUAAUAAUUCAUUAUUUUGGUAACCUAGAGAGCUAUCAGAAAAGAUAGACUUUUUUUUUCAUUUAAAUUAUCAUUAACAAUUGGAUUUUGUCUUUUGAAAAAUAAAGGGUCUUCUGCCUUUCUGCUGUGAUGCCUGCUUUAAUUUGCCGGCUCAAUUACCUUUUUUUGGUUUGUUUACCAAUAGCUAGAAUAUGCACUAUACGAAGCUUUAAAAUAGAUUUCAUUUUCAAACCCGGCUUGCUGAUAUUCUGUAUGGUCAUGAGAAAGUAAUUUUAAUAAUACCUCCUUUUUAUUUAUCAGGGGAAUUUUCCAGCAUUGUUCUUAUGCGAAGUCAGACGUGAUGAAGGGCUAUCUUCAAAACAUUAAGGGCUCUUAUCCACAUACUGUACAUUCCCAAGUUAUAGCUAGUUAUUAUAUAACAUCACAUGGUCUAGGUUAAAACGGUUUCUUUGCUGUUCAAUGGAAAUUCAGUACCAUGAACACAUCAACAUUCGACUCAUGGGUUCACUUAUAGAAUGACAUUAACUGUGGAAUUUUAAAUAAGUAAGGCAGAACACACUUUGGGAUAGGAGGUAAAGCUUGCCUAGACUGAUAACCAUGUCUCUAUUUAAAGAGUAUACUUUGGUACUUAUUACCAAUGGUACAUUAAUGUGGGGGAUACAGUUUAAAACAUACAAAUAAAAUCAUGCGCGCACACAAUCUCUCAUUCCAGGCUAAUUUUAAUUCAAAUUCAUAUACAGUAAUAGUUUGGAUCAAGAAAACUCAAUUUCUAUUUUAUACAUUACAAUUGCUUUUUUUUAAUAGAUCUUAUAUUGGAAUAUUAUGUGCUGUUUUUUAUUGUUUCCAAAAGCUGACACACAAAAAAUCAAAAAGACCUGAAAAAUAGAAUUUUUAAUCUAAAACAGUAUUCAGGUAAUGUACAUCUGAAAACUGUUACUUCAGUUCUUAAUUACAAUACUACCAUAAAAUUAUUUAUAUAUGUCUUUAUAUGUCAUAAUCAACCAAGUAAUAUCAGAUUUUAAAAACCUUAUGAGCCAGUGUAAUGGACAAUGAUGUUUAGUGAGUUUAUUUCUAAUUCUAUAACUAUAAUUUACACAGAAAAAAAGAACUAUGGCUAAUGUAAGAGACUUUAUCUUAAAAAAUAUAAGUUGGCAUCUAAAUGAUAGUACUGAAUAUCCUAAAGCUAAUGAUGUACUGAAAUUUAUUUUUUAAAUCUUUUUACUAGUUCAGAAAAUUUAUAGAGCAUUAGAUAGAAUUAUAGAGAAUUUGAACAACAAGGCCCAAGACAUUGUGUAUAGAAAUGAAACCUCAAGCAAUGUAAGAUAUUAAAAAAAAGGGAGUGGGAGUAUUGAAAACAACAGAUAUAAUUAAAGUGCACAAAGAAGAGUAUUGUGGACAAAGUUGGGCUCAACCCUACAGGGCAUAACUCAAAAUUGAGCAUCUUAAACAUCCCUAUAAGUAGACCCAUUCGGCCAAAAGAGGUUGACCAGUACUCUGUAGCAUCUAAGGAAUUAGGUCAAAUUUCGAUAUAAAUAAUAGGAAGUAAUCUCAAAUAUCUGCAAAAUUUUAUUUUGUGUGGUUGAGUCAGAUAUGUCAUUUUUAAAUGACACACGAUUACACAAUAUUUAAAAAUAGUUAUUAUCUUCACAUUAAAAGCCAUUGGUAUAGUUGAAUACACGUAGUGAAUAGUUUGAGUUUAUGGAGAAUUGAUUCAUGAAUUCUUUUCCAAAUAUACAAUAUAUGUGUUUCAUAGGUACUGUACAGAUAAUAAAAGUAAGAAAACUCAAAUUAGCAUAGAUUUUGUGUUGAAAUUAAAAGAUUAUUUUUUGAAUAUAUGGUUUUGAAUUGUUGAAAUAUAUAUUUUCCUUAAAGGAAAAAUAACAACGCCACACACAUCAGUUCAAACUAAAUAGUCAAUUAAGCUCCGAUAUGCUGCACUCUUAAUACAAUAGUAGUUUUUGCCUGCAUAUGAAAUAUAAUUAAAAUAUGUUUGAUAAAAAAAUUAUUAGGAAUUUUAAUGGUUAGUACAACAUUGUUAUUUUUGAAAUAAUAUUGACAUUUUCAAACAAAAAAGCUUACAUCUAAUGUUAUUGAUUUAUGCGAUUACUGUUAAUUUUAAUUAAAUGUAUCAUAGGAGAGGCAUCUUGCAAAUAAUAUUUAAAAUAUCAUUAAACAUGUU